AUAAGCCAACACAAUCAAUCCUUAUAUCUUAAGAGGUGGCGAGGUUAUGGCUGAAGAAAAUAGUAGUAGAUAUUGCAAGGUUUGUGUUACAGGAGGUGCAGGUUACAUUGCAUCAUCUCUCAUCAAACAUCUCUUAAACAAUGGAUCUUAUUUUGUUCAUGCUACUCUUAGAAACUUAGGCGACACCGAAAAAUUGAGCCGUUUAACGAAGAUACCGGGAGCAGAAACACGGCUAAAAGUGUUUGAGGCAGACGUAUUCAAUCCUCAACAGUUUGAAGCAGCCAUUAGAGAUUGCCAAUUUGUAUUCCAUGUUGCAUCCCCUUUUGUAUUUCCUAAGAACUCUCAAUUUAAGGAUAUAAGUGAGGCAGCAAUAGCGUCAGUAUUGGGGAUUGCAAAGCUAUGCAUAGAAUCAGGCACCGUGAAACGACUUAUUUACACAGCCAGUGUGGUUGGUGUUUCACCUCUCAAAGAUGAUGGCAAUGCUUUUAUGGAUUUCAUUGAUGAGACUUGUUGGACACCUCUUCACAUUCCCUUAGUUACUUCUUCUAUUCAUAAGGAUUAUAUAAUAUCAAAAACAGAAGCAGAGAGAGCACUUUUGAAGCUUGAAGAGGGUUCUAAAAUGGAGGUAGUAACCCUAGCAUUAGGUUUGGUAGCAGGAGAAGCUUCUAGAAGUCACUACCAUGAAUACAGUUCCCCUGCUCUCAUUGUGUCUCAGAUUACCAAAUCAGAAUUUGGUAAUAGUUCAUUGAAACUUCUAGAACAAUUAUUGGGGAAACUUCCAAUUCUACAUAUUGAAGAUGCUUGUCAAGCACUCAUUUUUUCAAUGGUCAAAGAUUCACUUCAUGGUAGAUUCUUAUGUGCUAGUGAUUAUGUUUCUUCUGCUGAAAUUGCUCACUAUUUUCACAAAAAUUAUCCGGAAUUUCAAGUCCAACAAGUGCACAUGGAUGGGCCAACAAACAGCAAUAUAAAGUGGGCAUCAACAAAGCUAAUUGACGAGGGUUUCAAUUAUAAUCAUGACAUGAAGAGCAUUUUAGAUGAUUCUCUGAAAAAUGUAAGGAGAUUUAAUGGAUUAUAAAUGUUUACUUUUACGGCCCGUUUGGUACAUGGUAUUAGAGGGCGAUAAUGGUAAUAAAAUUAAGUAAUGAAAAA